AUGAAUUCCCGUGGCUCAUCGUGUCAGGGCUUGCAACGCUGGCCGUUGCCUCCCCCCGCUGCUCCUGCCAUCACUGCUGCUCCUAACCUGGAAAAGCGAGCCACUACUUGCACUUUCUCUGGAUCUAAGGGUGCUUCCUCUGCCAGUAAAUCUCAGAAGUCCUGCUCCACCAUUGUCCUUUCAGAUGUCGCCGUCCCUUCUGGUACCACUCUGGACCUGAGUGAUCUUGAAGAUGGCACCCAUGUCAUCUUCGAGGGUGAGACUACCUGGGGCUAUGAGGAGUGGGAUGGUCCCCUUCUGCAAAUUGAGGGAACCGACAUCACCAUCACAGGUGCCAGCGGCGCAAAGCUGAACCCUGACGGUUCUCGUUGGUGGGAUGGUGAGGGAACUAACGGUGGCAAGACUAAGCCCAAGUUCUUCUACGCCCACGAUCUGACCUCGUCCACUAUCACCAAUUUGUACAUUGAGAACACACCAGUGCAGGCUGUCAGCAUCAAUGGCUGUGAUGGAUUGACCAUCACGGACAUGACCAUUGACAACAGCGCUGGUGACUCUGAGGGUCACAACACUGAUGGCUUUGAUAUCGGAUCCAGUACCGAUGUUAUUAUUGAUGGUGCCACUGUCUACAACCAGGACGAUUGUGUUGCUAUCAACUCUGGAACGGACAUCACCUUCAAGAACGGAUACUGCUCCGGUGGUCACGGUCUCUCCAUCGGUAGCGUUGGUGGUCGCGAUGACAACACUGUCGAGACUGUUACAUUCGAGGAUUCCACUGUGAUUGACUCUGCCAACGGUAUUCGCAUCAAGGCUACUGAGGGCGACACCGGCACUAUUAAGGGUGUCACCUACUCUGGAAUUACCCUCUCCUCUAUCUCCAAGUACGGUAUCUUGAUUGAGCAGAACUAUGACGGUGGUGAUCUGAAGGGCGACCCCACUAGCGGUGUUCCCAUCACUGACCUCACCAUCAAGAGCAUUAGCGGGUCUGGUGCAGUCUCCUCAAGUGGUUACAAUGUUGCUAUUGUCUGUGGCAGCAGCGGUUGCUCUGACUGGACUUGGAGCAGCGUCGAGGUCAGCGGUGGUAAGACCUAUGGCAGCUGCGAGAACGUCCCUAGCGUUGCAAGCUGCUAG